AUGGCGCCGUCUUCACUCUCUCUGGUCUUGCUUGCGGCCGCUUAUGCAACGGCCAACGACGUUCAGUACAUCACAGACUUGAACCUUUACUCUCUGUUGGCACCAUGCGCGCAGAGUGCGCUAUCGCAAAAUGUUCAGAACCAAAUCUCCUCUUGCGGCGAGGGAGUCACUGAGCUGCAGUCUUGUGUUUGCACCAAAGGCAACAACUAUGCCGACAUUUCGACCGCCAUAUCCAGCUCGCUGAGCUACAGCUGUGACUCUACAGCGACGGAAGACUUUACGAGCGCAAACGUUGUCUAUUCGGCCUACUGCACACCCGACAAGACGUUUGACCUCCCAACGCCGACGGCAAACAUCGUCUCCGAGAUGAUUACCGACAUGCCCUUGUUCUCCAGCCUUGCGCCCUGCGCUCAGUCAGGCCUGUCCAUAGCUGUCGGCCGCAUGUCCGACAAGUGCCCAGAAGCAGAGAACCAGUACGCGCCAUGCAUCUGCACGCGCAACGAAAACUCGGCCGCCAUCAGCGACGUCAUCAAGUCCAGCGUCUCCUACAACUGCGAGAACACGCACGACAUCACCUCGGCCCAGGCCUUCUUCGCCGCCUACUGUGCCAUGAACGAAGGCACGACCGCCCUCCCCGCGCGCUCUGCCCCGCCCGGCGACCUGUCCUAA